AUAAAAUACAAGGCAGCUAGGCUCACCAUGGAGAUCACCGCUUUCUAUACAUAUUUCUUACUUUUGCUUAUAUGCUUUAAUUGCCAAGGGUGCUUGGAGGAAGAGAGAGAUGCUCUUCUAAAAAUCAAAGCUUCAUUUAACAGUCCAGAUCCAGGUGCUUUCUCAAACUGGUAUGUACAAGAGUGUUGCCAGUGGGAGGGAGUUGAAUGUGAUCCAUCUACAAAUCGUAUUAGUAAGAUCUUCUUUCACUACUGGAGGGAUCGGAGCUUGCCUGAUUUGUGGUAUCCAAACGCUACUUUAUUUGCUCAGUUUAAGGACUUGCAAGAACUUGAACUGCCUGGGAAUCAGAUAGGAGGAUUCAUUUCACCUCAUGCAUUUAUAAAACUCAAGCGUCUUCGGAAAUUGAAUCUCCAUGACAAUUCCAUACAUAAUGGCUCUAAUCUCUGGUGGGGGAAAUUUCCAUCCAUUUACUCAGUAGAUCUGUCCUAUAACAAGUUUACUACUGAUGGUCUCUGCUCAAGGAAAUUUCCUUUUCUUUAUUCCUUGGAUUUGUCUGGUAACAAGUUAGAUGGUAACAUUCCAGAAUGCCUGUGUGACAACCGUUUUUUCAAAGAAUUGAUUCUGUCUGAUAACAAUCUUCAUGGCAGCAUCGGUUCAUGUUUGGGUAAUAUGGUUUCACUCAAACAUCUGGAUCUCUCUAGCAAUCAAUUCAAUGAUUCUUUUCCUUCUAUGCUAAUCAGCAACCUGACAAGUAUUGAUUCACUUAUUCUAUCAAGAAAUGAGUUCAAAGGCAUGAUUUCACUCUCCAUUUUUGCCAAUUUGUCGAGGCUGCGUUGCCUUGACAUUUCAUACAACCACUUGGAAGUUGAAACAGAGUCGCCAAGUUGGUCUCCAUCUUUCAACCUAAAUGUUCUACAUUUAAGUGGUUGUGACCUCAAGAAUAUUCCGAGCUUCCUCUCAACACAGCACCACCUUCUAUCCCUAGAUUUAUCAUACAAUUUACUCAUUGGGAACAUUUCUUGGAUGCUGUGCAAUGUUACUUCAGAAUUACGGCUACGAGGCAAUAACUUGUCUGGUUCCUUCCCCAGGACUUUUCAAAACAUAAGCUCUCAACUUACUGUUCUUGACAUCUCUGACAAUUUCUUGCAUGGGCCAUUACCCAAAGAUAUCGACCUGAAUUUUCCACGAUUGCGCUUUUUGAAUGUUUCCAUGAAUAGCUUCAAUAGCAACCUCCCCCAAUCCCUUGGUAGCCAAAUUCUGAGAGAACUGGAUUUAUCAAACAAUCAGUUCCAAGGAGAAAUUCCCUAUAGUAUGACGAGAAAUAUGACUUCUCUUGAAUAUUUGAGGUUAUCCGGAAACAAUCUGAGAGGAGAUGCACUUCCCAAAAAUUCAAGUUUACCUAAGAUAAGAUGGCUUUAUCUCAACAAAAAUUACUUCUCUGGAACAUUCCCAGAUACCCUCGGGAAGAGCAUGGACUUGGAAAUUGUUGACAUUCGGCGUAACAGCUUGUCAGGUGAGCUUUCAUUAUACUUGCCUGUGCUCCCUCAGUUAAGAGCACUACUCCUCGGAGGAAACCGUUUCGACGGGCAAAUACCACUGCAAGUUUGCCAAAUGAGGGAUUUGCAACUUUUAGACAUUUCGAGAAAUAGUCUUUCAGGUGAGAUUCCCGACUGUGUUGGCAACAUUACUUCUUGGACAGAUAGUUCUUACCGUGUUUAUCUUCUAAAUGAUCACCGGAGCUCUUUUGAUAUCAUAAUCAACGGUUUCUCCGUUACUCUUCAGGCUCUCAAUUUUGAUUUUAUGGGAAUAGAUGUAUCUUUCAAUAGACUAACUGGUAAAAUUCCCGUCCAAAUGACACGAUUGAAGAUGAUUCAUUUUCUGAACAUGUCCAACAACCUUCUCACGGGUCAAAUACGUUCACCCUUCGGAAACUUGGCAAACCUGGAAAGCCUUGAUCUUUCACAUAACAAUCUCUUCGGUGGUUUACCCCUAGAACUAACUACUCUUGAAUUUCUCGCGCUUUUUAACGUCUCUUUCAACAAUCUAUCAGGCAUGAUACCAGUAGUAGCCCAAUUUGGAACAUUUACAAGUGACAGUUAUUUAGGAAAUCCAGGCCUUUGCGGCCUUCCGGUUGGAAGGCAAUGCGCCGAGACAGCACCAGUUUAUUUAAGUGCAGAAACAUCAGUUUUUCUCUUCACAGAUACUGCUACUGGAUAUACUUUGCUGUUUUGGUGUGUCAUUUUUUUUCUUUAUUAAGAGUACGAUUGAAACUGCAUAGGCUUCAUUUUUUCCGUUGAUUCAUGGAUCUAAGAACCAUGUAAACUUAUCAGAUGAAUAAGCGAAUAUUCCAGUUUUAUUACAAGAAUUUAGGCUUCAUAUUCAGUAAAUAUACCCAUCAACAAAUACAGAGUGAUUAAUAAUUAUUAACAAGAAGUUUGACUCAGCAGAAAGGGCAAUUCGACACCUGAUCUAGUUCGGAAGUAGCUGUUCCUUAGUUUGGUUGCUCUUAUUUCAUGCUCUGCCUCGGUUUCAGGUCCAUUCGAAAUAAACAUUCCCAGCUCACCCAAUUGAAUUAUUUUUACACUUCAAA